CGCAACGUUUUAUAUGCCGUUCGUGUUUGUAUUUCAGCUGUUGAGUCGUACACUUGUGCGGCUCGUAAGUUGGAGUACGGAGGGUUUUAUAUAUUGGUUACUGACGAAAUAACGUUAGAAUUUAGAAAUGACAGGGUUUACAGAAAGUGCACUUGUGAAAAGAUUAAUGGACUUAAAUCCUUCUCAACAGAGCAUUCAAACACUUUCUCUUUGGUUAAUUCAUCACAGAAAACAUCAUCCGACCAUCGUGAAGGUCUGGUUCAAAGAGAUGUGUAAAGUGAAGGAUAAUCGCAAGUUAAUGUUCAUGUAUCUGGCAAAUGAUGUUAUUCAGAAUAGUAAAAAAAAGGGACCAGAAUUUGGGAAAGAAUUCGAAACAGUGUUACCAAAAGCAUUUGAACAUAUGAAAGGCUUUGAUGAAAAGACAAGGGAAAGGUUAAACAGAUUACUUCAAAUUUGGGAAGAAAGAGGUGUAUAUGAUAAGGCACAAAUUGCAGAAUUCAAGACUGCUUUCACAGAUACCUCAAAAGAUCCAGGAACACCACCUCCAAAAAAGAAACUUAAAAAUGACAUAGAGAAAAUAAAGAAAGAGAAAAAGGAGAGAAAGAAAUCAGAGACUGAAGUUGAAGUAGAUGGAACCAAAGAGCUACACGUUACAUUAAGUCCACGUACUCCUGCUGGAGAUCCACCAGAAACAGAGGAACUCAUCAAGGCAUUAAUGGAUUUGGAAAAUACAGCAUCCUCGGAUGCUGGUGUUAGAGAACGUAUUGCAUCUUUGCCACCAGAAGUUUCUGAAGUUUCGCUUCUUGCAAAUUUAGCUGACAGAGCAGCUGCGGAUCAAUUAAGUGUUGCUGUAAAUGAAGCAGCUGCAUUGUUAGCAGAUUACAAUGGACGUUUACAAGCAGAAAUGGAGGACAGGAGGAGAUUACUUACUAUGCUUAGAGACUAUACUUUAGCGCAAAGACAAUUACUCCAACAAGCGCAAGCAACUUUAGAAGACUAUAAAGAAAAACUGAAAAAGGUGUGUGCGGUUCGAUCAGAAGUAAAGUCACAUAUUUCUAAUCUUCCUGAUUUAACACAAUUACCUGAUGUUACGGGUGGUUUGGCACCUCUUCCUUCAGCUGGUGAUUUAUUUUCUAUGCACUAGCACGUGAGUUUGAAGAGCACGAUCAUUGAAUUAUCAUUGAGUUCCAUGCAUAGACAGAUACAACCAUGCUAUGUUAGCUUGGUCUUUGUGAUGAAAUGUAUCUUACACAAUGACUUUCUACUUUUCAAUAUUUAAUAUAUUGAAUAUUGAUAACACUUCUCGUAUCUAAUUACAAAGCAUGAAAAGGAGAAGUACCGAUGAAUAAACAUACUGUGGAAUCAUUUUGCAAAACAUUUUAUUAAUAAGCAGAAGUAAACAAUUAUGCAAAAUUUCAAAAUAUGGAAAACAACAAUGCCAGUAACUCUUACAGAUAUUAUAUUUUAAUUAAAGAUUAGCCACAACUUGAUACCUUUAGUUCCAUAAUAUAAAAGUAAUUAAUUAAAUGUAUAUUCAUUUUUAUAAGUCAAGCCUUAAAAAGGGAAAAAUAUUGAAUAAAUUUUGGUACUAUCUUAUUUUGUACUAGCAAAUGAAACUAUUUAAUGGAUUAAAUACUUUCUAAAUAUAGUACUCAUAUAUUGAAACUAUUAUAAACUGCAAACAUGUAAUAAGUUUUAAUAAACGAAUCGUUUUUUUUCCAAAGUGAUGUAAAUUGACAUAUUUAUCAAAAGAGUUACUAAUGAAAACACCGAUACCUUAUGAUGCAAAACUCGCAAAAAUAGAGAGAAUAUGUAUACGUAUACAAAAUAACAAAUGUAUACAAUAAAAAUGUGUAUACAGUUAGAAAUACCCACAUACUGGAAAUUACCCAACUAUUGCUGACCAGCAGUAUUUAGAAUAUUGCACUUAUAUUUGGUAAUUAUCCCUUCUGUAUAUAUACAGAUACUGUAGGUAAUAUAACAUUGGGACUGAGAAAUACAUCAUAAAACAUAAUGCUGCAGUUAAUUUUGGAUAAAUACUGGUCCGCGUAAGUAAAUAAUAUGAAAUAUGUAAUAUUAUACGAAAUAAAUCGCGUGAUUGUGCGUUGCGGAAAU